AUGAGCAUCCAUUCAGAAGGAGCACGUGCAUCUGGCACUGCAGAAGCAGCAUCAGCAGGUGCUGCUGCUCCUGCUGCUGCUGCUGCUGCUGCUGCGGGUUCCGACCCUGGUACUGCAGCUGCUGAAGCGUCAGAAGCAGCAGCAGAAGCAGAAGCAGAAGGAGAAGCAGCAGCUAAAAUAACUGCAACAGCAGCAGCAUCACGCACGAUGGCGGCUUCACAAGGGGCCUCAACAGCAGCCGUACGAAAGAAAGCAGCAGCAGCAAAAUCAAAGGCAACAGCAGCAGAGACAAGUUUAGCAGCAGCGGGAGCAGAAGUAGCAGUAGCAAACCGAAGUGCAGCAGCAGCAGCAGCAGCAGGUGCUGCUGCAGAGCGCGUCUGGUUGCUGCAGUCGCGUUAUGUAUUGUUUGCCUUUCUCUUGCUGCUGCUGCUGCUGCUGUUUUUUUUCUUUCUAUCGAUCUUCUUGCUGCACCGCACAUUCAUCAAAGUUCAUUCGGCACAAACUGCUCAAAACAAUUCGUUGCUUCUGCAGCAGCAGCAGCAGCAAGAGCAGCAGCAGCAGCAACUGCAGCAGCAGCACAAACUGCAGCAGCAACAGCACCUGUUGUUGCACCAGCAGCAGCAGAUGCAGCAAGAGCUGCAGCAACAGCAGCCAGAGCUGCUGCAGCAGCAGAUGCAACAGCUGGAGCUGGAGGAGCUGGAGCAGCAAGAGCAGCAGCAAGAGAAGAAGCAGAAGCAACAGCAGAUUCAGCUGCAGCAGCGGCAGCAGCAGGCCGCAAAGAAGCAGCCUUCCAGUCAACAGUGCGCUCCGCAGCUGCAGCAACAGCAGCUGCUGCUGCUACUGCAGCAGCAGCAAGAGGUAGGCACCAGCACAUGCCCUUCUUCCUCUUGCUGCAGCAGCAAACUGAACCCUAUAUCUAAGCUGCUGUUGAGCAAGGAGCAGCAGCAGCAGCAGCAGCAAGAUGCUGCUCCUCCCCGGUCGGAUACUGCAGCACCCGCUAGCCCUUCUGCUGCAGCAGCAGCAGCAACAUCGGCAGCAGCAGAAGCAGCAAAAUCAGCAGCAGUAACAUCAGCAGCAGCAGAAGCAGCAAAAUCAGCAGCAGCAACAUCAGAAGCAGCAACAGCUGCUGCUGCUGCAUUUGAGGGGUGCUCGAUGCUGAGGAUUUCUUACAGCCCCCAGCGCAGGAAGAAGGAGGUUAACCACCCUAAGCUCCAGCAGCAGCAGCAGCAGCAGCAGCAGCAGCAGCAAGAUGGGGGACAGGAGGAGGAGCAGCAGGGAGGCGACCUAGUGGGAUACUGGCAUCGCAUGCAUUCAGUGCAUGCAGCAGCAGCAGCAGCAGCAGCAGCAACAGCAACAGCAGCAUUCAUUAGUGACAGACAUUUAAUUCUGCAGCAGCAAAAUAAAUACCUCUGGACCGUCAGAAGCAGCAACAGCAGCAACAGCAGCAGCAGCAACAGAGAAGGAACUGUCGUCGCCUAUGCAACAGCUGCUGCAGCAAAAAGCAACAGCAACAGCGGCAGCAAACCCACACUCACCUGGUGGGUCAAGAGGCCGCUGCAGCAGCAGAAGCAGCAGCAGCAACAGCAGCAGCAGCAGCAGUGGGAUUGGGCUCGUUCUCUGGUGUGCGAAUGCGUAGAGUCCGACUCAACAUCUGCUGCUGCUGCUGCUGCUGCUGCUGCUGCUCCUUCCUUUUCUGCUUCUUCUUCCCUGCGUGAUGUUUUGUUUGGGUUGCCUGCAGCAACUCCGGUCCCUUGUUUUGCUGCUGCUGCUGCUGCUGCUCUUUUUGCUGCUGGUGAGAGCAACAAGAUACACCCCAGCUGCUUCAGGCUGCUGCUGCUGCCGAACGGAAGACAGCUGCUGCUGCUGCUGCAGCGCCUCCUUAACUCCGCCUAUCCACUCAUAGAAGACCUGCAGCAGCAGCAUCAGCAGCAGCAGCAGCAACAACAACAGCAGAAACCCCCGCUGCAGCUCCAGCAGCAACCGCAACACCGCUCGCCCGAAGAACAGCAGCAGCAGCAGCAUCCCCAACAGCAACAGCAGUAUCAGCAACAGCAGUAUCAGCAACAGCAGUAUCAGCAGCAGCAGUAUCAGCAACAUCAGCAACAGCAACAUCAGCAACAGCAACAGCAACAGCAACAGCAACAGCAUCAAGAAGAGGAGGUGUGUGGACAUCUACGCGUGUGGGGUGGUGUGGGGUCUCUCGUAUCGGGGUGUAUAGGCAGCUUUGCUUUGCAUUCAACAUUUAAGAAAGAAGGAUUUCUUCUUUUUAGAGCUUUUUCUCUUGAUGCCAGAGGGUUGACGGCGUCUCCUUUAUGUUUGCAUUUGUUUGUUGUCGGGGCCCCUGUUAUUCUUUUAAAUGGAGUUUGGGCUAGGAAAGGAAAUUAUAACAAAAGACCUUUAUAUAUUAAACCAACUAAUAGAAUCACUCUUGCUGCUGCUGCUGCUCCUUUUGCUGCUGCUGCUGCUGCUGCUGCAACAGCUGCUGCUGCUGCUGCUGCUGGUGCAGACGAUGAGGGAGGGGAGCUAGCAAAUGCUGCAGCAGCAGCAGCAGCAACAGCAACAACAACAAAGACAAGAACAGCAGCAACAGCAACACGCUUGGAAGGAUCUACAGCAGCAGCAAAAGCAACAAUAACAACAGCAGCAACAACAACAGCAGCAGCAGCAGCAGCGGUGCUGCUACUGUACUAUGAUGCUGCAGGCUUUUGGGCGAUAUCUGUUUGCGAGGACGGAGAAGACAUUUUGAGGUGUACAGGCAGCUCAAGAGAAAAAGAAAAUGAAGAAAUAGAAAAUGAAGAAAAAGAAAUAGAAAAGGAAAUAGAAAUAAUAAAAGAGGACAAAGAAGAAUAUCAAGCAAAAGAAGACAAAGAAGAAUAUCAAGCAAAAGAAGACAAAGAAGCAAAAGAAGACAAAGAAGCAAAAGAAGACGAAGAAGUAGAAGAAGAAGAAGAAGAAGAAGAAAAAGAAAAAGAAGAAGACGAAGUAAUGAAGAAUGAGGUAGGAGAAGAAGACAAACAAACAAACGAAAAUGUAAACACAAACAGACAAAUUGCAGUCAAGGAGAGUGCUGCUGCUGCAGCAGCAGCAGCAGCAGCAGCAGCAGCAUCAGCAGCAUCAGCAGCAGCAGCAGCAGCAUCAACAGCAGCAGCAGCAAAGACAAAUGAACAGAAAGAGAAAGGAGGAGAGAGAGACAAAAGAAUAAAGACAGAAAGAAAGAAAGAAAAAAUAACAGCGAAGACAGCAGAAGAUACACCUCAAACAAAUAUCAGAGAGAAGUGCUUGGCUUCUUCUAUUUAA